AUGCUGCGCUUUCUGAUCUUGCUGGCCACCGGAGUUCUGCUGGGGAUCUACAUUCUGGGUACCCAGGCGGACUGCAAUGUGUGCUCCUCCGAGAGCAAUGUGGCCUGCGUUUCGAACACUUCCUACCAGUUCUGCUCGACAAGCGCACUGCCUUUUGGCCCAGUUUACACUUGCCCCACGGGAUAUUAUUGCACGGCCAAUGCAGUUACUUGCAAUACAAACGUUGAUUUUAGAUCCUGCGUGGAUUGCGGCACCUGUAAUAGUGAUAACACCUUCGCCUGCCUCACCGCAAGGACAUUUGCCUUGUGCCUGGGGACAACCACCCCCUCCCAGAUAGUGGGAAGUUGUGGAUUGAGUUACGUUUGCGAUUUCAACAACCCGAAUAUCUGUGGCAAUGUGUCGCUGGGGUCCCAGGCCACUUGUCCGGGUGAUACUAGUGGAACUGGGUUGGAUCCCACGGGGAUGACACCCACCACCUACUGCUCCCUCGUCCAGCAGCGCGGAAGAUUUCCCUACGGCAUCGAUCUCAACACUACCUGUAGGCAAUACAUUUACUGCUUUCUAAACGCAACUUUAUGGAGGGGAGGCCUCUACUACUGUCCUGGUCAAACGUAUUUCGACAGCUCAACGCAGUACUGUGGCACUGAAGUUCCGGCCAGGUGCACUUAUGGAGUAACCACUUUGAGACUGAGUCUUCCAUAG